AUUAGAUUCGAGCCGUGAAAAUGUGGUCGGAGUCGUACAAACGACAUAGAAGCAUCCUUGGAGAUCCCCAUGGAACCGUAGCUAAGGAAAAGAGGUGACCCAUUUGAGAGCAGAAUGUCCUUGGACGCUGAAAGGCAAUUCUUGUGCCCCCGACUUAUAGACUACUUGGCUAUUGUCGGGGUCAAGCCUGCAAACAGCUGCAGGCCUUCAACAAACCCUUCUAUUCAGUCUCCGGAACUUCUACGACGAUAUCCAACCCAUGAUCAUAAAGACUUCCCAAUGCCAUUGGAUAUGGUUUAUUUCUGCCAACCUGAAGGAUGUUCUUCGGUUGGGCCGAAACGAACAGCUCUUCGCGAAGCUUCCUCUUUCGUUUUUAUGCUCACCGAUAAGGAUUCGGGACGAACUCGAUAUGGAAUUUGCGUAAAUUUUUAUCGGCCCAUCGAAAAAGGGCCUUCAACGAUUGGAGUUGGAAGGCGAGGGAGUUCUACGUUAAGAAGGGAUUCUUGGAGGAAAAGUAUGGAAAAAAGUUCAGAUUCUGCUUUCUCAAGUGAUUAUAGAAGCAGUAAUGUUGGUCCUAGUGAUUCCGAAAAGGAUUGUCCGAGUCGAAGAGAUUCGGAGAUUUUAACCCAUCCGAAUUUCACUCAACCUCCAAGAUUAGGAGUUACUGCACCGAGUAAUGAUUCUGAAAGCGGUGGGAGUCAUUCACCAUCACCUAGGGCGAGUCGACGGAGACAGCGAAUUCGCAAUCACUCUUUAACAUCUCUAUGCCUUUUAUCCCAUCAUCCAUUUUUCUCAACAUUCCGUGAAUGUCUCUUCAUUCUAAAGAAAUUAAUAGACGCCUGUAAUGAAUCAUCAAGUCCAAGAAGAGUUGGUGCUUCAAGACAGGUUGGAAGAGACACGGUAUGGAGUGUAAUAACAAAUCAAGCAAGUGACUCAACGCCUUCGAUAGUUCUUCAUGAUGUUCGUGAAAUAGAAACGUGGAUUUUAAGACUUUUAUCUGCUCCGGUGCCGAUUCCGGGUAAAACUCGCGUCGAAGUCGAGGUUUUAUCACCAACGGUUUACGAGCCUUUAGUUUUUGCCUUACCCGAUCAUACCAGAUUUACAUUGGUUGAUUUUCCUCUUCAUUUACCAUUGGAACUUUUGGGUGUGGAUACUUGUUUAAAAGUUUUAACAUUGAUAUUAUUGGAAAAUAAGGUGGUGUUACAAUCGCGUGAUUACAAUGCUCUUUCGAUGUCGGUUAUGGCUUUCGUGACCAUGAUUUAUCCGUUGGAAUAUAUGUUUCCGGUUAUUCCAUUAUUGCCGACUUGUAUGAGUUGUGCCGAACAGUUAUUAUUGGCACCAACGCCUUUUGUGAUUGGAUUACCCGCAAGUUUUUUGAUGUACAAGAAAAAUUUCCGGUUGCCUGAUGAUGUUUGGUUGGUCGAUUUGGACUCGAAUAAAUUGUUGCCUCAAGGGGAAAUUCCCCCGUUACCUGAACCUGAAGGAACGAUUCUCAAGAACCAUUUAAGACAAGCUAUGCAACUUAUGGAUCAAGUGGGCACAGGAGCACUAGGUAGUUUAUCAACACCAAGUGCUUCUUCUACUCAAUUGAUGCCGUCCAGAAGAGAAAGUAUUCCAGCUCCAAAUACCUUAAGUGUUUCUUCAGCAAGAAAAUCUCCUGAUGUCUCACCGUCUCCAUCGCCAUCUCCAAUCCUCCCCAACAGUAAGCUUUUCGCAGGUUCCCCAUCGAUUUCCCCAAGAAGCAGUAUUUCGCCAUCUCAACAAUCUCCAUUCGCCCCUCUAGUUUACGGAAACGAUAUUGAUUCUGUUGAUGUUGCCACAAGAGUGGCUAUGGUGAGGUUCUUUAAUUCGCAAAAUUUGUUGGCGAAUUUUGCUGAACAUACAAGAACGUUAAGACUUUAUCCACGACCGGUUGUUGCGUUACAAAUUAAUAGUUUUCUGCGUUCGCGGCCGAGAACGUCACAAUUUUUAAACAGAUUUGCUAGAACUCAAGCGGUUGAGUUUUUGGCGGAAUGGUCUUUAACGCCUAGUAACGUAGCAUUUCAAAGAGUUCAAACAGGGAUUUUAGAUCCAAUUCAAAUUGGUGAUAAACCAAAAUGGUACAUGCAUUGUUUGGAUUCGAUGAAAUUUGUUGUUUGGGAUGAUGGAAGUUCGUUAAACGGUGCUUUGAGAAGUAUUCAAAAUCAAGAAAGUCAACCAACUGAUGAAAGUGGGUCAGAUUCUGAAGAAGGUGAAAGCACAAGUUCUAGUUAUUCCUCGUUAAGCGACUUUGUUUCUGAGAUGGCAUCAUCUGAUUUGUCACCCGGAGGUUCUUAUCAAGAUCACAAAGCAUCUCAAAACAUGUCUUUGUCAUCAAAUUUAGACCCCCAAUCGAUUUAUAAACCACCUUCAGAGCUUCUAUAUCCAGAUGGUGAUAUUCCCGAAAACCGCCCGGAUUCACCUCAAUCUUCAAGUAGCAGUACAAACUCUGAAUUGAGUUCGCCGUCUUAUAAUCGUGAUUCCGAGUUGGAAUUUUCAAAUCGAUUAAAAACCGAAUCCCAACCCGUUCAGAAAGAUAAAGAUAAAGAGGAAAGCGGGAGUUUAGAAAAUGAAUCCGAUUCUAAUUCGACGACUACUCCAAAGACAAUUAUUAGUACAAGUAAACAAGAUUCGCCUACGAGUGUUUCUGCUGAUACGAGUGAAAAAGUACGUAAAACUCGUUCCGGAAGAACAAUAACUCCAGUUCCGCCAAUUGCACCGGGAUUAACUCGACAGCCCAGCGUGGGAAAUGUUCUUGCUCGAACAUCCAGUUUUAGCUCAUCGGGAAAUGGAAGUCCCGCUCCAUCUUCAGGCGGAAGUGUCGGCGUACAAAGGCAAGGUUCUCAAGGUUCACUUUUCGAACAGUUCGCAUCGCAAGCCAAAGAAUUAGUUAAAGAAACAACUCGACAGAGUAGCCAGGAUGGAAUUCUUGCUCAAAUGGAUAAAUUUAAAAGUAGUGCAAAAGGAAAAUUUAGCGAUGAAGAUAUCUUUGCGCCAUUUGAUAAAUUAACAAGUCAUGCAAAGAAAGCAGCUGAUGAAGCCGCUAAAAGUGUUCACGAAGCUAGUAAAAGUGCUUUGGAAGCUAGUAAAACGGCAGCUGGUGUUAGUAAAAAUACUAUUGAGGAUUUAACUUAUGUUGGGAAGUCUACUAUUGGGGAUUUAACAAAAAGUGCGAAAGAAGCUGUUGUUAAAAAAGGAUUGUUGAGGGCUGAUUCUUUUACAAAAAGCAUCGAAGCCAGAAGAGAUUCAACAAGUUCGACAUCUCUAGUUCAAGCAAGUACUGGUUUACUAGCAGGAACAAGUCGCGAUUUCUUCUCAAACAUCGGUUCCGAUUUAAACGGAAUCGCCGCAAGUACUACGAGCAUGUUUUCGGAUCUAUUCGGAAGUAAAAGCCAAAAGAAACAAGAAGCUCAAGUUCAACAACAAAAACAACUCCAGCAAAAAGGAAAAGAAACGAAAACUGGGAUGUUUGGACCGUUUCCAAGAGGACCACGGGGAUUCGUUGAAAAAAGUCCGUUAAUUAUCCACAGUCCGCGAAAAGAAGAAGAAUAUCAAAGAAAACAAAGCGUUGAUAAAACGGCGAGUAACGUUGAAAAUCAAGCUUUCUUAAAGGAUGUUGUUAAUCAAGUUUUGGAAGGUGAAGGUGUUGGUUGGUUAAAAUUGAAUCGGUUGAAGAAGUUGAUGGAGGAUGAAUCUUAUAGAAACUUUGUUUUGAGUAAAUUAAAUAAGACUUUAGAUAAAAAGAUCGGACCUGAUGAUCAUAUUGAUGAUGUCUGUGUUUCUAAACCGAUUUGGAAAGGAAUGUUAAAAGUAAUGUUAGCUGUCGUUCAUGGUCUUGAAGUUACUUAUAGCAACUUUGGUUUGGGAGGAAUGGCUUCGGCUUUUCAACUUAACGAAAUCGCGCACACUCAUUAUUGGACGAAAGACAUUUUGGAUGGUUCAAUAAGCGAUGUUGCGACUCAAAGUUCGAGUCCAAGAUCGCCUCAAAGUCCGAAAUCGGUUCAUUCCGAGUGGGAUUCAAGAAAGUCUUCCCAAAUUGAUGCCCCCGAAGUUAGAUUGAUCCAAGAUGAACGUGAAGAAAUCUCGACGGCCGAUAUGUUUAAAGAUAUGCUCAAUCAGAAGAAGAAUAUACUUUUAAGCAAAUUAACUUCGUUCGAUUCCGAUGCUGAAGGGAAUCCACAUAGUUCUGGAGGAACUCUUUCACCAGGUGGUUCAAUAACGACCGGUCCGGCGUGUGGUUUAAACAGAGGUGGACUUCAUCAAGCUUCAUUUCGAUCAACAGUUUCUGAUACAGAAGUUGAAAAUUUGCAGUUUCCGAAAAACCCAAAACAAAGAACCUCAAGCGUUUGGUCAAGUAAAUCCUCAUUAAGCACCGGGUUUCGUUAUCAUGGUGGUCAUAUGGUUAAUACAGCAACAACACCAUCUCCGGAUGUACCAAGAACAUAUUUAUUUGAAGGUUUAACGGGUAAGGAGCGGUCAACUUUAUGGGAUCAAAUGCAAUUUUGGGAGGAUGCAUUUUUGGAUGCUGUUUCACAAGAGCGUGAUAUGAUUGGGAUGGAUCAAGGGCCAAGAGAAAUGAUGGAACGAUACAAGGCGUUAAGUGAAACGGAAAGGAAACGUCUUGAACACGAUGAAGAUCGAUUGUUAUCGACGAUGUUGUAUAAUUUAACUGCGAUAAUGGUGAUGUUGAAUGUUAACAAAAACGAGAUUAAGAAAAAGAAUAGGAGGUUGUUGGGAAAAAGUCAUAUUGGAUUGGUUUAUAGUCAAGAAGUUAAUUUAUUGCUAGAUCAAAUUAAUAACUUACAUGGUAAUGACAUCGAUUUAAAACCACUUGGUUCAAGAUUAUUACAUAGACAAAGUUUUACCGUGCAUCAAGGUGUUGAUGGAGGUGGCGAAUUGAGAUUUUUGGAAGUUCGAGAUGAUGGUUUGGUUCUAAGAUCCGUUUCGGGGGUGAUUGUUGAAAGGUGGUGGUACGAAAGGCUCGUUAAUAUGACUUAUAGCCCAAAGAAUAAAGUUUUGUGUUUGUGGAGAAGAUCUGGACAACAAACUCAAUUACAUAAAUAUUAUACUAAAAAGUGUAAACAACUUUAUUAUUGUAUAAAAGAAGCAAUGCAACGCGGAGGUGUUUCUGGGGUUCCUCCAGAAUUAGGGGGCGAAUUUCCGGUUCAAGACAUGAGUUCGGGCGAAGGAGGAUUGCUUCAGGUCUGCAUGGAAGGAGUAGGAUUGCUGUUCGCCCAUAGCAAGGACUUUGAGUUUUUCGUGCGGAUAGAUCAUAUCCGGAAGUGCUUUACACAGAAGGGAGGCAUUUUUGUUCUUGAAGAAUUUAAUCCUAAAACAAGACAGGUGAUUCAAAGAAAAUAUAAAUCAUCAAUGGCCGACCAAAUAUGCUACGCCGUUCUCUGCGUGUUUUCUUACGUCGCUGCCGGCUCAGAAAAGAGACUGCAAAUCUCUAAAACGGCUACAGCUUCUUCUAUUUCUUCGGUACCAAAUCCUCAACAAUUAGUUGAAUCUGGGAGUGUAACUCCGAUUGGAGGUCCACCUUCAUAUCCACCUCCCGCUUUACCACCAGGAGUUCCACCUCCUGCUGCACCUCCAGGUGCGAAAAGUUUUGGAAUUCCAGUGCAACAAGGAAUUCGGCCAUUGAGACCGCCUCCGGUACCCAGCAGGAAUCUUCCACCUGGAUCCGGAGGACUUCCUCAUCAAAUGUCUCUUCAAUCAUCUCAUCCUCCCCCACAACCACCCCCAAGACCAAAGUGACGUAAUAGAAGAUAUUCGUUACCGUUCUUGGGGGAGGAAGCUUGUUUAAUGCCUUCAUGUUUACCAUGGCAUAUGUAAAGAUUGAUAAAAAGGGGGAGGUUGUGAGAUAAAACUGGAAAAUUUGUUGGUUUGGUUGUGACAAUAAAAAAAUAAAAACGGGAAUAACAUUGUAAUAUUAAAAAAAGUUGACUUAAUAAAAUUGGAUGGUAUUAAAA